AUGAUUGGUCCAGGCGGAGAUGCGCCUAUGGCGCUCGGCGUCCUUUGGGGCUUGACUGCUCUUACGUUGUGCUUCGUUUUGCUGCGGCUGUAUACGAGAAUUUUCAUUCUUCAAGCUUAUGGUAUUGAUGACCACUUUUACAAUUUCGCAUUUGUUCUGUUCGUCGCCUACGAUGUUAUGCUUACACUCUCUGCCUACCACGGCUUCGGCAGAGAGAUCAUGACACUCGACACGCCAGACGUACCGAAAGCCAUCUUGUACGAGGCCAUCGGCUCGACCAUACUCGUCUUUGCUAUCGUCGUAUCUAAAGCUUCCUUGGCACUGUUUCUGCUCCGACUUGUAAAUACACGCAUACAUCGGAUUGUCGUCCUUGGACCAGUCGUCAUUCUCUUCCUCUUCGCCGUCGUCUCACUCUUGGUCUUCUGGUUCUCGUGCACACCGAUAGAAUUUCUCUGGAACAGGUUCAUCCCUGGCGGGGCUUGUAACAUCGACCCCGGUCCUAUCUCGACAGCUGCUGGAGCAUGGAGUGUUGUGGUCGACUUCUGGUACGCUGUCACACCAUGGGCAGUGCUGUGGAAUGUACAGAUGCCGAGGCGUGAGAAGCUACUCAUCAACGUCAGUAUGAGCUUGGGUGUGAUGUAA